AUGUCGCCGUUUCCUCCAUCCAACUUCAUUAUUCAAUUGCUCGCCGGGGCAUUGCCAUUGUUUGGUGGCCUCACUGAUCAGCAGACUAAUGGAAACCUGAACGCCAGUUCCUGGCAGAAUCUUCCAGAAUUCUUGACUGGCAGCACUCUACACCACGGAUAUCCCUGGGGCAAUCUUAAAUACAAGCCCGAUAUCGUAAACGAACCGCUUCCUGAAACCAACGUCACCCGGUAUUACCAUUUUGACGUCGCACCGGGUACUCUGGCUCCCGAUGGAUAUCAGAGACAGAUGCUCCUUAUCAAUGGACAGUAUCCUGGACCAUUGAUAGAAGCGAAUUGGGGCGACUGGAUCGAGGUUACGGUCUCCAACUCUCUCCAGGACCUAGAUGAAGGAACAUCAAUUCAUUGGCAUGGGCUACGUCAAUACGGCACUCAGUACGCCGAUGGUGUACCAGGAUUAACACAAUGUCCCAUCGCUCCGGGUUCGAAUUUUACUUAUAGAUUCCGGGCAGAUCACGUUGGAUCCAGCUGGUACCAUUCACACUACUCAGCCCAGCUUACUUCUGGGUUAGUUGGACCCAUGGUCUUCUAUGGGCCAAAAUCUGCCCCAUACGACAUUGACCUCGGUCCCGUGUUGCUUAGUGACAUGUAUCAUCCCUAUUACCAGAGACUGGUUGACAGAGUGAACGGUAAUGGUUCUGAAGUUCAUUUUGCCUUCUCGAACAACAGUGUUAUCAAUGGGAAGAUGGUCUUCGACUGCAGUUCAGUGACAGAUGGAACUCCUUGUGUCAGCAACUCUGGCGUUUCUAAAUUCCAGUUCCAACCAGGAAAGAGUCAUUUACUCCGUUUGGUAAAUGUUGGAUCAUCUGGCCUUCAGUUUUUCACAGUCGAUGAGCAUGACCUUACGGUCAUUUCAAACGAUUACAUACCAGUCAAGCCAUACACGACGAAUUCCGUUACACUUGGCGUCGGUCAAAGAGCCGAUGUCAUUGUUCAUGGAAAAAGUGGAGCUGAUGCAGAGCGAAACUACUGGAUGCGCGCUAAUCUUUCCGUCCUCUGCACCCUCCCGGAGCAGCCCUACGGUCUCGCAGCAAUCUAUUAUGACGAAAAGGACUACGAAGACGGCAAAACGCCAACCAGUGCGCCACAGCCUUUAAAUGAUGCUGAUAUGCCUUGUUCCAACGCACCUCUCAACACGACAAGCCCGGUAACUCGUAUUCCUGCUCCACCUGCGGACCAGACCAUCACUAUCCAUAUCAACAAUACGAAAAACGAAACCGGCCACUCAGUAUACCUGCUCAAUAACCAGACCUUCCGAGUAAACUACAACGAACCAAUCUUGGACCUGGCUGACGAGGGUAUUUUCAACUACCCCUCGGACCCAGAGUGGAAUGUUUAUAGCACUGGUAACAGCAGUGUCGUGCGUAUAGUCUGGGAAAACCAAAAAGUUGACCCUUCGGAUCCAAAUUUCUACAAUCUCACAUUCACGCAUCCAAUGCAUUUGCACGGGCAUGACUACCAAGUCCUUUCUUAUGGCUUCGGGGAGUGGGAUGGAACUAUUAUCAACUCUGAGAAUCCAAUUCGAAGGGACACCACUCUCUUACCCGCCAGCGGACACUUGGUAGUGCAAUUCACCACGGAUAACCCGGGAGUCUGGCCAUUCCACUGCCACGUAGCCUGGCAUGUCAGCACAGGCUUCCUCAUCAACAUCUUGGAGCGCCCGGAUGAUGUUAAGGGACAACCACGCAUACAAAAGACCAUAGAUCAGACUUGCACAGCAUGGGACGCCUGGAGCACUAGAAACAUUGUUGAUCAAAUCGAUAGCGGAUUGUGA